UUUCUGAGUGGAAAGACAGGCAGUAUAGACAACCCUUACCAAGCGAACCAAUAAUAUCACUUCAAUUUACUUAAAGGGYUAGGGUCAGGGAUGCAUGAGAAGUGAAAACAGUAUAGCCAAUCAGCAGAGAGCAGAAUCAGUAAGUGUUGAGUAGCACUCUAACAAUGCUUUUUUCAAAGGAAGUCUUGUUUAGAAAACUAGUGAGAUCUUUAUAUCGAUCCCCUGAAACAUGCCUCUGGGCUAAUCAAAUAGUCACAACUAUAACACGAUUAUUAUAAUAUAGCUAAGUUAAACCGCGCGCUCUGAUUGGCUAAUUUAUCAUGAACUAUUUCCCCAUACGCCCAUAGGUAGCACGCUGACGUCAGUAUUUUUCUCUUUUUUCUCUCAAUGCACGAAAAAAUCAAAGCUUUUCUCUUUUUUGGGCGAUAAUCAUAAAGAAAGUUUACAAAUUAUACUGAAGGAAUGGCCGAAAACACAUGUACACCUCUACGAAGUGCUGAGCAAUCACCAACAUUCAGCGUGGAUUUUCAUGCAAUUGCCUAGUAGCUCUAACGAGAUGCAAACAAACUUUYGUCUAGUCAAGGAUUAGACAGAAUUGUUUCUGAAAGGCACGAAAGUUACGAACAUAUUAAUGCAAUAAAAACAACAAAAUCGCAACAAAUCUACGUAACCGGAAAGCCAUUUAACUGAGGUAAACAUCACUGAGGUAAACAUCGCUGAGGUAGCGACAAAUUUUUCAAGUUUUUAAGAUAUGAAUAUGAAAUUCAAGUCAGUGAAAUUCAAACCUUAUGAGUUUCUGUCCAUACUUAUUUAGGGAAUGACAAGUGGUCUGAGUGGGAAAACAUUACGCCCAAGUCACGAAAACAGGUUGCAUAGCAUGAUGGGUAGUUGAUCACACGAGGAAAAGAAGAUCCCUAAACAAUUCAAAAAUGGCUUCAGGGAAUUUUCCUUCGUCGACAGCUCCAAUGACGGGCUUUCCUCAACAACAACAACAACAACAACAGCAAACUAUGCAGACUUUUGCACCAAUGCCAGUUCCUGGAAUGCCAAUGCAAGGUGGUUACCCAGGUAUGCCAGGGUACCCGCAAGUUGGUACACACCCCAUGGYAUAUCCUGGCAUGAUACCAUCAUAUCCUGGUCAAAUGAUGCCACAACAGAUGCAACAUUUACAAGCCAUGCCUGGAACAUACCAAGUAACAACCACAGCAGCACCAACAAUGAUGAUUCCACAGUCUGUUAUCCCAGCAGCAGUAAAUGCAAACACCAGAAACACUCAAGCAGUUCAAAGCCCACAGCCAACACCAAAUGCAAGUCAAGCUAAAGCCCCUGCAGCAGACGAGAGUACYGAGAAAAGGGAAGCUAAUAUGGAAGAAGAAAAGAAAGAAAAAGUAAAAAAACCCAAGGCUACAAAAAAAAAGACACCAUGGACAGAGCACACUGCACCUGAUGGACGGACAUAUUUUUAUAAUAAUGAUACCAAAGUGUCKACUUGGCAAAAACCUUCAGAACUGAAAACACAUUCAGAGUUAUUGAUUGAUUCUUGUCCUUGGAAAGAGCACAAGUCAGACACAGGUCGUGUGUAUUUUCAUAACAUUGAAACUAAAGAAUCUACUUGGACAGUUCCCAAGGAAUUACAAGACCUCAAAGAAAUGGUAAAGAAAGAGUUGGAGGCUGAAGAUCAAGAGGAUUCAUCUGAAGAGGAAGAGGAAAAACCGGCUGGAGCUACAGAAAACGUACCAGAUACAGUGAAGCAAGAAAGUGCAGUAUCCAGUACUGAUGGCGGCAGUGAAACCCCUACACAGACAGUGGUAGAGAAAAAAGAGUAUAUUUAUGAAACUAAAGAAGAAGCCAAGCAGGCCUUCAAGGAGUUACUACGAGAAAAGGAGGUAUCUCCCAGUGCAUCAUGGGACACAGCCAUGCGAAUGAUUGUYAAUGAUCCAAGAUAUGGUGCGCUGAAGAAAAUGAAUGAAAAGAAACAAGCUUUUAAUGAAUACAAGACUCAAAGAGCUAAUGAAGAAAAGGAAGAACACAGAAGAAAGGCAAAGAAAGCUAGAGAAGAACUGCGAACAUUUCUUGAAAACUACAAAAAGAUGAAUUCUUCUGUGAGAUGGCGUUAUGCAUGUGACAUGUUUGAAGGAACGCCAGAAUGGGAAGCAGUGAAUGAAAGGGACAGAAAGGAUGUCUUUGACGAUGUGAUAUUCUUUUUGGCCAAGCGAGAGAAAAAAGAAGAGAAAGAGCUUAGAGCCAACAACAGAGAAAAGAUGCUGCGAGUCUAUAAUAGCAUGACAAGUAUUAGUCAUAGAACCUUAUGGGCAGAGGCUCUUCAGUUAUUAAAAGAACACCCAUCAUAUGGUUAUGAUGACGAGGUUAAAGAUGUYGAUAGAGAAGACAUGCUGAUUGCUUAUGAAGAGCAUAUCCGACUSCUUGAACAAGAACAUGAGGCAGAGAAACAAAGAGAAAAGAACCGAACUCGACGACAGCAAAGAAAAAAUAGGGAUGGUUUUCUGGUUUUACUUGAUGAGCUCCAAAAGAAGGGUAAGCUACACUCCAUGUCACUGUGGUGUGAUCUCUAUCCUACGAUAAGUGCUGAUGUCAGGUUCACUAACAUGUUAGCACAAUCAGGAUCUACACCUUUGGAUCUUUUCAAGUUUCACGUAGAAGAUUUGAAAGCAAGAUUCAGUGAUGAAAAAAAGAUAAUCAAAGAAAUAAUGAAGGAUAACAAUGUGACGGUGGAUACAGACAGCAGCUACAGUGAUUUUAGUUGCAAAAUCUUGGCAGAUAAAAGAAGCAAUACCCUGGAUACAGGCAACAUUAAAAUGACUUUUAACCAUCUGAUAGAGAAAGCUGAAGCUCGUGAAAGGGAAAGGCAAAAGAAAGAAGAAAAAGAGCAAAAAAAGAAAGAAAGUGCUUUCAAACAGAUGCUGAAGGCUUCAUCUCCAGCUAUUGAAUCAACUACUACAUGGGACGAGGUGAGAGAGAGGUUUUCCAGUGAGCCUGCUUUCAUGGCUUUCACUGUAGAAGCUGAACGUAUGAAACUCUUCCAUGAACAUAAAACAUCGAUAGAGGCCUGYUCACAUCAUCAUUCAUCAAAAUCACACAAGAAAAAUAAGAAGAAUAAGAAACAUCGUAAAAGAUCUCGGUCAUUAUCAGCAAGUGGGGAGUCAUCUCAUUCAGAGGAUGAGUACGGUAAAGACAAAGARAAGGAAAAAGAGAAGGAAAAAGAGAGAUCAUCUCACAAAAAGAAGCGACACAAGAAGUCAAGGUCAAGGUCAAGAAGUGCAUCUAGUCUCUCAGAAUCAGGUAGUGGCAUUGUUAUUGGUUGAAAUGUUUCGUAUUGAUGGGGGAGUUAGCUGCACUGUAACAUUGAAUCAGUGUUUAAACCACGUUCUAAUACAAAAAMCUUUGUCCUUGAAAAUGGAAUUUUUGUGCUUGAAAAGUGCUUAAAAAUCCUUGAAUUUUGAAACGAAAAUGUAGCACGAACCCUGCUAGUGUUGAUAAUAAAAGAAUUUUGGAAUAACGGAGUCUUGAGCAACGACUAAACUGUUUUUUAUUCUUCCUGCAGAUAUSGAAAAAGAGAGCAGCUCCAAAAGAAAAAAGCACAAAAAGAAAUCCAAGAAAAARAGACAUCAUUCGGUAAGAACUGAUGCCACAGCGCCUUCUUCGGAAUCUGAAACGGAAAGACGACCAAAAGAAAAAGAAGAGAAAGAGAAAGAGAAAGAUAGAGAUAAAGGUCGUGACAAAGAGCGUGACAAAGAGCUUGACAAAGAGCGUGACAAAUCCCGUGACAAAUCACGUGAUCGCGAAAAAAGCAGGGACAAAGAAAGCAGAAGAGAGAAGGACAAAGACAAAUGGUCUAAAGACUACGAUAAAGAUGAUGAACGAGAGGAAGAAAAGAGAAGACAGGUGAGAAGAAAAGAGAGCCUCGAAGAAAAAGAUCCCGACAAAUCACCCGAGACACGAGCGAGGAAUAAGAAGGGUGAACGGAGAUCGUCUUCAAGCGAGAGUGAAAGUGAACUGGAAAAACGCAGACGUGUUUUACUCGAACAACUUGGAGCAGCUGGCAGUAUGAUACCUUAAUAGCUCGUCAUAGUCUAGACCUCAUUGGCUGGGCCAUUAUGUCACGUGUUAACACUUUUUUAACUAGUAUCGUUUGAGGCGCAUGUGACGUCAUAGCCUUCCGCCAUGUUGGAUUGCUCAAACAAAGACUUGGACUUCACUUCUUUUGUCGUCGAUCAACGUAGACAAAAAUGAUGGAUUGAGGUCUAGCUGGGUACAAACAACACCAUAGGGCAUGAUGAAGACUGAAAUAUGUUUGUACCGAAGCUAGACCACAAUGCACCAUGAUCGCUAUAUCAGAAAAGGUUUGCAAUAGUCCCCUUCACAGUUCCCUGCGCCAUCUUGAAAGGUAGCCUUGCCUUUGCAUCGACGCGAGACGAACGGUGAGCAUGCAAUGAGAGACCUUUGACAAUUAGUCACAUGUCUCUAUCAUUGCAAGCUCACCGUUUGUCUUGCUUCGAUGCAAAGGCACGGCUACCUUUCAAGAUGGCGCAGGGAACUGUGAAGGGGAAUAUUACAAUGCCUUUUACUUUCAUUCUGAAUGGACCAMAUUCACUUCCCUUCCCUUCUUGUAUCGAUUGUGACGUAAAAUCUUACUUCGAACUUUCAAGUGGUCGACACAGCUGAAAUAGGAAAAACUACGGCCAAUAACUAAAUAGCUUCAUUACAAAACACUAGCAAAACUACAUUGCAAAACCCUCUCAGAUAGUGUAGUAUAAAUACAGUAUACAUUGAUAUCAUUCAGACUUAUUUCAGGCAAUAAAUAGCAAUGCUUUACCAUUCUCAGUGCUUGAGCUAAAUCUUUCUUUGAGUCUUAAAAUGCGAAAUUAUAUUAUUAACGGAGCUCACGUCUAAAUAAACCUCCAAUUUAACUCGGC